AUGGAGCGCUUCGCUGCGGCGACGGCGCUCAACCAGAAGUACGACAUUGAUCACGCGCAGCUGAUUGGUCGAGGCAAGCUCUCUGUGGUGCAUCGCGCUCGCAGGCGAGUGGAUCAGCGGCUCGUGGUCCUGAAGAAGAUCCAGGUGUUCGAGAUGGGGUCCAAGGAGCGAUCCGAAUGCAUGAACGAGAUCGAGCUCCUUCGCACCCUCCAGCACCCUCACAUCAUCUCCUACCUUGACUGCGACAACGAGCUCACUAUUGCCAUGGAGGCUGCGGAGCUCGGCGACCUGGCCGGCCUCAUCAAGCAGACCGUCCAGGAGGGGGCGCAGUUGGGCGAGGCGGCCGCGUGGCAGGCCGUCAUGCAGAUCUCUGACGCGCUCAGCUUCAUGCACGAGCGGCGCGCGAAUGUGUUCCUAACGGCACCCAACGUUAUGAAGCUCGGCGACCUGGGACUCGGGCGCUACUUCUCCUCCAAGACGGAGCAGACGCACUCCAAUGUCGGGACACCAUUCUACAUGUCACCAGAGUGCAUGCAGGGCGGAGGUUAUGACUUCAAGAGCGACAUCUGGUCGCUCGGCUGCCUCUUUUAUGAGGUGGCGGCGCUCCGCUCGCCCUUCUUCCAGCAGGGCAUCAACUUCUACAUGCUCGGUCGAAGAAUCAUGUCGCGUCAAUUUGAGCCGCUGCCCGCCGGCUAUUCGUCCGAGAUGGGCCAGCUCGUCGACGCAAUGCUGCAGCUCGAGCCAUCUCACCGGCCCUCGGCGGCAGACAUCCUCUCUGUGGCGAGAGCUAGGGUCGCACAGCAUGCUACGAGUUAA